UCUAAUAACAGAGUGCAGUUGGCUACUUUACAACCCGUAAUAACCUUGCUGCAACUAUUGAGUGUUGGCACUGAGCCAACGUGCCUCCUCAUUAGAGAGAAUUGGAGCCUGGGGAUCAACAACAUAGACCCGUUUUGUCAGCCUCACAUUAAAACCAGUUUGACGGGGAAAGGUGCGUGGGAAGUGCUUUGUUCUCUCACAUUUACCCUUCAGAGCAGCAAGGUAAAGCUAAACUACACCCGCAGAACAAAAAAAAAGGUGAUUUUAUACUGCCCAAAACUCAGCAUGGCGUUUACGUUAGUGCUUAGCACGUUUGUAGGCUGUGUUUUUAUCGCUAUGGGCCAUUUAGAAAAUUCUCGGUUGGCGUCCGUCGAUUUUAGUUCGUCUGUUCGCUCGGUGUGCAAACCAAUUCCCAACACACUCUCUCUUUGCCACGGCGUCGGUUACCGGGAGAUGCGUUUGCCAAACCUGCUUGGCCAUGAUUCGUUCAAAGAAGCUCAGCAGCAGUCUGCAGCGUGGCUGCCUCUGGUGUCCAAACUCUGUCACCGGGACACAAAGAAGUUCCUCUGUUCUCUCUUUGCGCCAGUAUGCUUACCUGAGCUCACCGGUCCGGUGAGUCCGUGCCGAGGACUGUGUGAAGCUGUACGGGACGGCUGCGUUCCUGUCAUGAAGGCGUUCGGGUUCCCAUGGCCCGACAUGUUUAACUGCAGCCGCUUCCCGCACGGGACUGAACUAUGCAUUCCCGUCACCGGAGAACCAAAUGCCAGAGACGUACGACAAAAGAACAAGGAGGAUGCUCUGAAAGGAGCAGUGAUCUGUGACGUGUGCAGCCUGGCCUCUGAGGGAGAUAUGGACAUUCAGAACAACUUCUGCAAAAGCUCAUAUGCCUUCAAGCUGCGUCUGGGCAGUGUGUCUGUGGUGGGAGGGGACCGCCGGGUGGUCCCACUGGGCCGGAGCCGUAUCCUGAGGUGGGGGGGUGGAGGAGCGGAGAGGGCGGAGGGGGUCGGGGGGGCCAUGGCCCACAGCGCCCUCUGGCUGUUGGAGGGGGGCAUGUGCGCCUGCCCUGGCCUGGAUGACCCAGAAGGCUCCCAGAGGGACGGAGAGGAAGGGGCCCAUGGUGGCGAGGGGAAGGCCUGGUGGUUCCUGGGCCUCGCGGAGGCUCAGGAAGGGAGGCUGGUCCUUUCAAGGCUGGUGAGGUGGACCAAGGGGGACAAAGAGCUGAAAAGGUUCAUCAGAAGUACCCUAAAACAGCCCUGCUGAGGAGGGAACAAUCAACCCCCCCCCCCCCCGCCUCCCUCACUCCCCAUCCACGACACAGCAGACUACCAGAUCCAGGUCAUUACUCUACUGGACAUACAAGCCAUAAAGACAUUCAAGUUGAAGAGAAGCUCUCACCUUUCAGAUGAAUGAACAGUUGUGGGAAGGGGCUGCUGUGAACCAGGGCUUGGUAUGGAACCCCCAGCCAUCCACACAGCUGUGGUGCUGAACAAGAACACAUGGGGAGGGGUUAGAAUAAAAGGCACAGUACUGGGCCUAGGAGCAGCUUCUGGAACCUGGUUUUGUUCAGACCUUGUUGGAUUGACAUGUCAAAUAUCAUUUCUACAGCAUUAGUUCAACAAAGCAACAUUUUCACUGUAUGUAUUUAUAUUAGGAGCUCAAACAUAGCCUCUCAGAGCAUAGUAGGUCAAUGUUAUCAGAUGGUGUUGAUGUCAUUAACUAAUGUCCAAUACAUUUUCAUAAAAUGAGCCAU